UUAAACGCGAGACCGCUUAUAGCUCUCUGUCGUUUUCUGUCUUUAAAACGGGUCAACAUCACCAAUCUAGCUGUGAUUGAUCUACGCAUACAAUGCCGCCCAAAAAACAAGGAAAAGCUAAAAAUCAAGCAAAGGCCAGGACGCCUACUCUGAUAAAUGGCCUUACCAAAGAAGAAAUGUCCAAAGAGCAGCUGGAAGAGCAUAUUGCACACCUUCGAGAGGAGCUGGACAGAGAGCGAGAAGAGAGAAACUAUUUCCAGCUGGAGAAGGAUAACAUCCACACCUUUUGGAAAAUCACUGUCAGAAAACUAGAGGAGGUCGAGGCUGAGCUGAAAAACAUGGACAAAUCCAUAGAAGACGAUGAAGGGCUACACCAAGUAGAAGUCCAGGUUUAUAAGCAGAAGAUGAAGCACCUCCUGUGUGAACACCAGAACACAUUCUGUGAGCUGAAAGCAUAUGGUUUAGUCAUCGCUGAGGUGCUGCAGAAAGAGCAAGAUCUAUUGGAGACAGAGCUUUGUAAUAAAAUGCGGGCCAUCAGGAAAGCCACACAGGAGCUCGACAAUGAAAACUGUUCCAGAGAACUUGAACUGAAACACGAUGAAGAAAUGACUACAACAAGGAACAACCAUGAGAGACGACUAACCGAAGUUACAGCCAUGAAUGAAAAGAUGCAGCUUAUGCAACAACAGAUGGAGAACAUGACUAAAAGUGUGAUCACUGAACGAGAGUUUGUGUGGGACCACCACAUCAGUGAACUUAGGAAAGACCACAACAAAAUAAUCAGUGAUCUCAACACAACUGUUUUUUACCUAAAGGAAGAAGAGAAGUUGAUCAAUAAAGAGGAGGAAAAAAUCGCAGAGAAAAACGGAGAGCUGCUUGAGAUGAAAAAGAAAUGGCAAGCUGUUUCGCAAGAUUGCCAGCGUCUUUCAGAACUUGUCUCAACAAUCAAGGGGGAAAUUGCUUAUGCUGAGAAGAAAACGCUGUCCUACUCAGUGAUAAAGGAUGCUAGUGAGAGAGCCAAACUAAAAGCAUUUAAAGACCUCAGAUUAGAGCACGAAGCCUUGGAAAAGAUAUUCAGUGAGCUUCAACUAGAGAAGGACAAACUGUACAAGUCGUACAAUCAGAAAAUUGAGAAGAUGCACCAUGAAGCUAAUCUGGAGUGUGUAGCACUGGAGAAGAAGCAUCAGGCCCUGACAGACAGUCUGGAGAAGAUUCAGAGUCAGCUGGACGCUGUGCUCUCAGCCCCUAAUGUGGACCACACCGCUCUUAGAGGGAUCAUAAACAAAGUUGAGGUAGAUCUUGAGUCCAGAAAUGCAGCCAUCAAGAACUUAAAAUUCAAAAGAAAUGUAAAAGCUAAGGCCCGUGGAGAUAUGGUGCUGGCUGUUGAAGCAAAGGAAGGAGCUCUCUGUGUUCCUGUCCAACAACUCGUUCAGUAACAGAGGGUGUGGCAAGAUGACAUGAAGCAGAAAAACAGUUGCUGUUUAUUAAAUCAGCAUACCAAAUUUUUCUUUUUUCUCUCAGCUAGCCGAAG